GACUGAUUCCGCUUUUGGAUCCAUUUAAUUUUAUCUCAUUUCCGGCAGAGCCUCCAAUUUGUGAACGCAAUGGGCUAACAAUGAGGGUUCUUCUCAUAAUCACUUCAUUAUGGUUCGGUAUUGAGGCAAAGUUGAAAUCAAAUGAAUUACCAUCCUCUCCUUCUCAAUUUCCUGGGCAGUCUCCAAUUGAUAAUCAAUUACGAAGAAACGACUUCAUCACUGGUGAAAACUCGAAGAUGGUGGGAAAUUAUGUACGGAAAAAGACUACGAGACCCUUAGAGGCAGAAGAUGAUCGUGAUCGUUUUUACAAACGUCAACGUGGACAAGUUGAUCCAAUUGAGAUUGAAGAACCUUCGCUAGAUAAAAUAGCACAGGAACAACCCAUGCUGGUUGAUCAAUGCCCUGUUUGGUGUUAUGAGAACAGGGUCGAAUUCUUCUACGUCAGCGAGUUGUUUUUCAUAACUUUUGAUUUUGCUUUUAAACGCGAUCACUCUAAGGGCUGUUGA